UGGCCUUAGCACAUGGGUUUCCUUCCACAAAAUGCAGACCCAUUUGAAUUAAAUUUGUAAUUAGCCUUUGGGGAGGGCAGGCCCCUGGAUUUGGUUUGCUUGCUUGCUUGCUUUCAGAGAUACCAACAAGAUGGGGGUCAUGGCUGUCCUUGUGCUGCCCCUGCUGCUCCUGGGAAUCAGCGGCCUCCUCUUCAUUUACCAGGAGGUGUCCAGGCUGUGGUCAAAGUCUGUCGUGCAGAACAAAGUGGUGGUGAUCACCGAUGCCCUCUCGGGACUGGGCAAGGAAUGUGCCCGAGUAUUCCACAUGGGUGGGGCGAGACUGGUGCUGUGUGGGAAGAACUGGGAGAGGCUGGAGAACCUGUACGAUGCCUUGAUCAGCGUGGCGGACCCCAGCAAGACAUUCACGCCUAAGCUGGUCCUACUGGACUUCUCAGACAUCAGCUGUGUCCAGGAUGUGGCCAAGGAAGUCCUGGAUUGCUACGGCUGCGUGGAUAUCCUUAUCAACAAUGCCAGCAUGAAGGUGAAGGGGCCUGCCCACAAGAUUUCUCUGGAACUCGACAAAAAGAUCAUGGAUGCCAAUUACUUUGGACCCAUCACAUUGACCAAAGUCCUGCUUCCCAACAUGAUCUCCCGGAGAACAGGCCAAAUCGUGUUAGUGAACAACAUCCAGGGCAAGUUUGGAAUCCCGUUCCGGACAGCCUAUGCGGCCUCCAAGCACGCAGCCCUGGGCUUCUUCGACUGCCUCCGAGCCGAAGUGGAGGAAUUCGACGUGGCGGUCAGCACCGUGAGCCCCACUUUCAUCCGCUCCUAUCACGUCCACCCGGGGCACGGAAACUGGGAGGCCUCCAUCUGGAAAUUCUUUUCCAGGAAGCUGACCUACGGCGUGCACCCCGUGGACGUGGCGGAGGAGGUGAUGCGCACGGUGAGGCGGAAGAAGCAGGAGGUGCUCAUGGCCAACCCCAUCCCCAGGGCCGCCAUCUACGUGCGCACCUUCUUCCCGGAGUUCUUCUUCGCCGUGGUGGCCUGUGGGGUCAAGGAGCAGCUCAAUGUCCCGGAAGAGGGCUGACGGCGGGGGCCCUGCCCUGCCCCGCCGCGCUGGCUCUGAUGGCAAUAAAA